AUUCUGUUAAAACCCGUGAGAAAUUUUGUGUCGAUUUUGAGCACGAGAUCAAUCCGUAUUUUCUUCGUGAUGUUACAAGACAUGUAUAGGGAACAAAGUUAGAAGAAUCUGAAUGUUAACUGUAACUGAGGUGCAAAGGGUUAAUUAACAGUGUUGUCUUGUUACUGUUUACCAGAAUCAUUUGUGGCUGGGACUUUCGCAGUUGUUUAUCAACACAAAUUAGAAGUCAAGAUUAUGUACAGCUUGAGGGUUUUUGCACGAGCAAGCAUCCUGCAAACCAAGCUCCUCGGGCAAUCCAAGAAAUAUUUUUUCUUACAAGCCAGGUGUUUCACAGGAAACUUCUUACCAUGGUAUAGCGCAAUUCAGCAUAAAGGGGUCAUAAGGAAGAAUGUAACACUACGUGUACCCCUGACGAUCCCCUGUGCUUUCAGCUCUGUUACUGUGAAGAGCCUGGCUAAGAACAUUGCAGCCGUCAGGAAUGCUGAGGAAUAUCUUUAUCUGUAUGAGAACUUCAAGGAUUCACCUGCAAUGACACGAGUGAUUCGCAUUACAAUUUUGCAUUCCUUAGCCAGGUUUGCUACAGAAGGCCCAAAAAAGAACUUUUUUUCUGCAAAGAAGGCAUUGAAAAAACAGAACGAUAUUUUUGCAAUUUUGCUUCAAAGCAUAGCAGGUGAGCUUGAAAAGUGCAAGGCACGUGAGCUUGCCAGUAUCAUGUGGUCUUUGGGAAAGUUAAGAGAGCAUGUUACAUUGAUUGUUUCUGAAUGUGAGAAAGAAAUCUUUCGCCGAGAUGUGACUUCUUUCAAGGCACCAUCGGUCUGCAGGCUUCUGAAUGGUUUUGCAUGCCUUGAUUUGAAAAGAUCACAUUUUUUUAGUUUGAUUGAGCAAAGUAUUCUAGAAGGGAAACUCAAGAUGAGUGAUUUUGAAAAUCGUGGCUUGGCUGGAGCUUUGUGGUCUUUCAGCAAAACUGGAAAUGGAAGCAGGGAGCUGUUUGGAAAAUUCCAAGAAGAAAUUUUAUCGAGAAAUGCAAAAAAAUUCAGCAGUGCACAGCUGGUGCAGUUGUUGUGGUCGUUCACACAGAAAGGAAUACAGUGUGACAAGCUGUUUGAAAUCACAACACAAGAGAUCCUUGAGCGACCAAUGGCAGAUCUAAGUGACUACAGUAUCAAUAUGUUACUUUUGGUGUUUGCAAAAGCCAACCCAGACCCACAUAAGCAACAAGAAAACUUUGAGUUUUUCAACAGCCUAGGUGCUGAAGUAACACAGCGAGGUGUUCAUGGUUUUGACACCAAGGAACUCUCCAUGUUAGUCUGGUCUUUUGCAAAAAGGUGCCCAGACAUUAAAUCAGUUUUUGCUAUUGUGGAGAAAGAACUCCAUAUUCAAGGCAUCUCAAAGUUAAGGAAUGAAGAAUUGUCACUAAUUUUGUGGUCCUUUGCCAAAUCAGGGAAUUUUAGUGCCGCGCUCUUCAAUACAUGCCAAGAAGAAAUUCUUUCCAGGGAUAUGAGUUUGUUCAAAGCUCACCAGUUGAGUCAGCUAAUCUGGGCAUUUGGAAUGGCAACAGCUCCAUCCAUGGGAUUCUUUACCAUUGCAGAGAAGGAAGUUCUGAGCAAUGUGAGUCAUUUCUCCGACAAAGAACUUUGUAUGAUAUUACAUGGAUUCAGUCGUGCAUCGGCUGGUACGCACAAACUAUUUACUAUGCUUGAAAGGGAAGUUUUGGAGAGGAACAUACCCGACAAUAACCCUGGAAUUAUUCCGGAGUUGGCUUCAGUGUUCUCUAAGUGCAACUAUGAGGCAACAUCAAUGUUUGAUGUAAUGGAGAGAGUGCUCAAAGCUACUGAUCAGUCUGUUUUUAGUGAGCAAGAAUUGCAGGAAAUAAAAGUGGCAUUCUUCAAAGUUGGGAGAGAACAUUGCCCUUUACAGAAUAUAAAGAAGAUGCAGGCUGAAGCAGUGCAUCACAAUUAACACUGAAAACAACAGUCUUAGCUUAGAUUAAGUAUUGACAUUUCAGUGAGGAUUUAGAAGAACUUCGAAAAUACUGUGAAAUUUGAAAUUUUCAGCAUAUUGUGAGCAUGGGACAUGUAUACAGAAAAUCUGAGUCCCCGAUGGGGCCAGAGUUCAACCCAUAACCUCCCAGAUUCUGGUUUUCUUUGCCCCAUGCUUGCAUCAUGCUGAAAAUGUUAUUCAUCACAUUGAUUCACCUGGCUGAAAACUAUCUAUGUAACUUUCAUUCUUUGAAAGUGUUUUUGCUGAAAUUUCAUCUUACUUGUUCUAUCCUACAGGUAAACUGUCAACUCGGAGAAGAAGAAAAAUACAGGGUUCCCUGGGACUUUUCUGUUUCUUUCAUACAUCGAGAAAGAUCCCACUCACAGAGUAGCCAGGGCAUGGCGGAGUAGUCAGUUGUCAUGGCAUAACCUACAUUGUACAACUCUCUUCACAUUCAUGUGAGAAUCAGGGACAGACAGUGCACCAUUUCCAAAAUUAAUAUUAACAAUUUUAAUAUAGCUACACUGCUUUUCAGAGGUUAUUCCUGAACUUUUUAUUUCAUCUGUUUCAAGUUAGAGUACAAUUAAAUUAUUGCGCAUUCUACAUGUAACUUUUCCUGAGCUCAUUAUGCAUAAUUACUUGUAAUUUAUUGAACUGAACAACAUUGCUAGGUUGCGAACACCUUAUGAGUACAUGUACACGUAUAAUUAUGCAAGUAUGAAGAUCCAGCCUAAACUGCUGUUAACUGUUAUGUGUGGCAAGGGACUGUUUUUUUUAUUCAAGAAGCUAAAAUACCGAUAUUAUUACUUGCAACCUCACUACAUGUAAGAUAGAAAAGGCUAAGUCUGUAUACGAGCCAAGUGGCGCAUCAGGCUGGACCUUAUCCUGGUUUAUGUAGCAUGAAUUCUACUCCCCUCCCCAGGAUGGGAUGCUAGAUCAUCUCAGGGUUGCCCCCAGCAUUGCAUUUGUUUGUAGCUAAUUAUGAAUUUGGCUUUUUUUUGGAAGUUGUACCGGAUUUGAGGUGAUACUUUUUUUAAACAAAUCUUUAUUAUGCAUUGUUACACACACUGGUUACAAUGCUUCUACAGCUACUUUACUUACAAGACUAAUACAUAUACUUACAUUAUUUAUAAUACUUCGUAUUCAAUAUGAUUCAUUCCGUCACUUACAAUACAAAGGCUACUUACAUUACUUACAAUGCAGUACAUACACUACUUACAAUGCAAUACCAUCACUUAAUCUACUAACAAUACAAAUGCUUCCACUACUUACAGUACAGUACAAUAACCCAUGUUGCUUACAAUACUAAUUAACACUACUUACCCUGUAAUACUAUUAGUAACGUCACUUGCAAUAUAAUUAGAUUACAUUAUGUGUAUCUUUGAUUUCCAACUUUAAAUGCUAGAUCUAUAACUCAAUGUUAUCUGGCUAAAAG